CUCCGCUGCAUUGUUCUGUCUCUUCUCUUCAUAUGGAUUUGAACGAUAGUGUCGUUCACUUUUCUCGUGGCAAUGGUAUUGCAAAGCUUGACAAUUUCGGCGAUACUGCUCUUAGCUUGAAAUGUCUUGGAAGCAGUGCAGGGAGAUUGAUUGGAAGCUCUCACCAUAACCAUAAGCUUUGUUCUGAUGUUUCUAAUUGUCCUGAUGGUGGUUGCCGGUUGGUUCUCGGUUUGGGUCCAACACCGCCUUCCUAUUAUUACAAUGUCAGGGGUAAUGAUAAUAACAUCAAAGGCUCAGCUUCUUCUGGGAGUGUUCAGGAACUCUCAUCAGGAGGUAACUCAAUCCUGCAACUUGGUCCUCCUGCUGUGACAAUGGAUACUUUCAGCGGACUUGAUUGUUCGUUGUUGACAUAUGCGGAUACUAAUGUGUCCCAAACUGUUGUUGAUGAGGGUUCUACCUCAGCAAGGCGAUCAGGUGGCUAUAUGCCAUCACUUCUUUUCGCUCCAAGGACGGAAAAUGUUAGAAAACCUUCAAGAAUGCAAGAGUGUAGUACUAAUUUUGGAACUGAUACUUAUAAUUCACAGCUGAGUCAUGAGUCAGAGUUCUCUGUUUGCGCUUUCUCUGACAGGUCGGCAUCUGCCACGUCUUCUCAGCAAAGGAUGAGCAACCCGAAGAAGUGCAAGUUUAUGGGAUGUGUGAAAGGAGCUAGAGGAGCUUCGGGGCUCUGCAUUGGCCAUGGAGGUGGCCAGAGAUGCCAAAAGCUAGGAUGUACAAAGGGAGCGGAAGGUAGUACUCCACUGUGUAAAGCACAUGGUGGGGGGAAACGCUGUAUGUUUGAUGGUGGAGGUAUUUGUCCUAAGAGUGUGCAUGGUGGGACGAGUUUCUGUGUAGCUCACGGUGGUGGGAAGAGAUGUGUUGUGGCCGGGUGCACAAAGAGCGCUCGUGGACGGACUGAUUGUUGCGUGAAGCACGGUGGUGGGAAACGGUGCAAGUCUGAUGGUUGUGAGAAGAGUGCGCAAGGUAGCACUGAUUUCUGUAAGGCACACGGUGGUGGGAAGCGCUGCUCAUGGGGAGGAGAUUGGAAAUGCGAGAAAUUCGCUAGAGGAAAGAGCGGUUUAUGCGCUGCGCAUAACAGUAUGUCUCAGGAUAAAGCUGGAAGCAAGGUUGGUUUGAUUGGACCGGGACUUUUCCGUGGCCUUGUCUCUACUUCUUCACAAACCACAACAACUGCAACAACUACUACCACUGAUCAUUCUCAAUCUGGACUCAGCGCGGUCUCUGAUUGCACGGACUCCAUUGAUCGCCCGCUGCCACCGCUGCAUCAUCAACCCGAGAAAAGACAGAAGCUGAUGAUACCAAUGCAGGUUCUUGUGCCUCCAUCAAUGAAAUCCUUAAGCUUCUCAAACACCGAGAGACCCGAAAUCGAAACAAACAACAACAGUAGUGGCAGCAAUGGGAGGAACAUCUUUGACUUUAUGAUUCCUGAGGAGAGAGUUCACGGCGGCGGGCUUAUGUCUUUGCUUAAUGGUAACAUGAAAAAAACACUCCAUUGAUGGAAUUUGAAAGCUUCUUCUUCUCUAUGUGGUAACAAAGCUAGAAUCUGUGUAAAGCUUCAUGUAAUAUGUAUAGUUUUUUGGGUUCUUUUCUGGUUUUUCUUUCUCUCUUGGGUCCUUUGUACAUUUCAUGGGUCUCUGUUUUUGUUUGGUCUGGUCUUGACUUGACCAUCUAGUCGAUGGCUUGAACCCAAGUCUUUGUUUAUUUGAUCAUUGUUGGUAAUGUUGCAAUGUAGUAAAAAGUGUUCUUAUGU